AUGUACAAUGCACUGGUCCAAUUGAGACGAAGAUCUGUAGGUGAAUACUGGAUCGAUGCUAUAUGUAUCAAUCAAAGCGAUCUUGCUGAAAGAGCGUCUCAAGUCCAACUCAUGGGUCGAAUUUAUCGCGAAGCUGAAUCAGUGGUAGUAUGGCUCGGACAGAUGUCAAAGCUCUCGGAAAUGUCCAUCGCCGUUUUCGCUGGGUCAACAGAUCGAGCGUCAAUGCCGCCUGCAGAAUAUUGGAAUUGUCGGGAGGAUCAGAUAAUCUCCACAGGUACAACUGCCGGCAUACCUGCAAAGUACUAUCGUUUCGCGAUCCUAGGUGCAGCUACUGUCACUUGGUCUCAAUGGUUCAUACGGACGUGGGUUGUACAGGAGCUUUGCUGGGCCAAGCAGGUUGUUUACCUUAUCGGAGAAACAGAGAUAAGCGUUGAUAGUAUCGUCAAGAGCUUCGAGGUGGCUGAGGAGUUUGUCCGUUCGCUAGACCAUUCAUUUGAAAACCUCAUGAGUUCUAUACUCGGGCCGCCAUUAGCAGAUGGAAAAGAUGAACAUGGAAAGUUCCGGUUUCUGAGGAAUUGGGGAUCCAAAUUCGGUCCAGUCUGGAUGCCCCAGAUCUUCUACGAAACAUUUGAGUCAUCGCUGAAACUGUCUAUAGCCCCGAUGAUGCUACAAGCGCGCGAACAUUUUCAGCAAGGCAGAAUGUGGACUCUCCUAGAAUGGAUGCUAGCAUGUAGAGGUCGAUCAGCCACAGAUAUUCGAGAUCUGGUCUUCGCGGGUUUAUCCCUUGUUGAUCCCAAGGGCCUCUUGAUCGAUACGGAUAUCCUGCUGGAGGAAUCCAAGUCAAUGACAACGAAACCAGUCCCCGUCCUUACACGCAACAAGUACGAUCCACAAACCAUACCUCCUUUCGGUGUUAAGGCAAUUGAUCGAUCAUUUUACCAACGAAAACCUACUUCAUCUAUCAAAUCGCCUUCCCUAAUUCCUAACGGUCUGUGGUCGGCACUACGAGCGGACUACACCUCCGGUACCCGUGAGCUACUCUCGAUUGCAGCACGUACGAGCCGUCCUAGCGCGUACGAUUCUGACUGGUGGAUAUCAACAAGCGACCAUUCAUUCCACGGGGACCUUCCGUCGUGGGCACCCGUGCCCGGGUCAUGGACAUCUCACGUCAAUGAACUUCUCGUGGCACAGAAGAAUUCUGAUUUCCAUGCAGGUGGCGCGAGUAGGCAGCCUCCUAAGAUCGCUCAUGAUGGGAGAAUCUUAUAUCUGGAUGUCGAAAUUGGUGACCAAGUUGAAGGGUUCAUCAUUGAUGACGACUUCAUCGACACUUUCGCGCCACAACAACUGCGGAAUCUUUUUGUCACGCUACUGAACCAUUCGACGAUGCAUGGUAAACAAGUGUCUGCUAUUAAUGCUUUGAGUCGUGUUCUCCUAGGCGGCCAGGAACAACAUUACCCCCAACUAUAUCAGCACGCGCCUUCGUGGCUUUGUCAUACUUUGGCAUCUGCUGUCUUCAUCCAACUACAAUUGGAGCGUCAAAAGCAAUACGAGAAUAGUCCUCGACGCUGCGACUACAAAAGCAUGACCAGUGACAGCUUCGCAGAUCUUUCGAUCAACUAUCAUGAACAAAGGAACAAGACCAUGGAAGACCUGCUCAAUCUCUUCGAAGAAGUCCUGGUGACCUUUUCAGACCAGCCAUGGCCAGAGUGGUCCAAAACUUCACGUAAGUUUGACAUGGACAUACACGUAGAAUUUCUACAUGAAAUGUCUGAGGCAAGACAGCUCGAUGCUCAGACCACAGGUGCACAGACAAGCACUCGUUUUGAAAGAGCCACCAAUGAAUUGCACGAUGGAAUGCAGUUCAUGGAACGUUACAUGAAGUACAUGGAGAGCCCAGAAUUUCCCUCUUUACCACCAUACACGCCCAGCACAAAACAUAAGCUGCAAUCCAGGUUGUUCGAGCCUCAAGAUCCAGAUGUUCACACGCACCUCACAAAAUUGGCCAGGUCAGCACUUGCCUGGCGAAAGGUCUUCUUCACAAUAGGAGGACGUAUAGGUUAUGGUCCGAAAUGGCUAGUAGGUGGUGAACCCGUACUACUAGUAUGCGGUGCAGAUAUCCCGUACGCCUUCACACUACUGGAAGUAGACCGGCGAUCCCGAGCGCGACAGCUCCGACUCGAACUUGAUGAGAAUGACCAGAGAUACUACGAGAUAAAGAUGAAAUUGCAGACAGCAAGGAAGCCGUCUAUCUGGGAACCAUUCGAUGCCCUGUGGUAUGGACGUCAACAAGAAAAACUGAAAAGACUCGACGAAAGGAGAUUGGAACUACAAGACAAAUACGAUCAAAUAUUGAACUCGGUACCAAAUUCUAACGGAUUCGUGCUACAAGGCGAGGUAUAUAUCGAUGGCAUCAUGCAUGGAGAAGAUUUGGGAGUCGGCAUAAAAGCGAGACUACCGAUCGUAUAA